AUGGGAUUAUCGGGUUCGACAACAGUAGAGAAUUGCAGAGUAGGAAAAGUGAAACUGAGAUGCGAUGGGAGGACAAGGAAAGAGAGUGUUUCUGCCGGAAAUGGUGGGCCAGGCAGAGUUGUUAGUUUUUUUGAAGAGUUGAAUGAGUACCUUGACAUAGAGUUUUUGGCGGAGGACAUUGAAGAGUCGGAAAGUUUUUCGGAGGUUGGAGAGACUUUGAAGAGAGGGAAGUCUCACGAUGUUUCCUUGGUUUCAGUUUUGAAGGAGAAUUCUAAGGAAGAGAGUAGGCCAGAGUUAAUGAGGUCUGAAACUUAUAAUAUAGGCUCAGAAGCCUUUGGUUGUGGUUGCGAGAAGUCUUCAUCUGGCAACUUUAAACGCAAGCUGAGAAGCUUUUUGAGCCCAGAGCUAUGCAUUCGGAUUCCAAAUGAAAGCAGAAAGUUUUCUAAAGAAGGGAUUGUAGGAUCUGGUAAGGUUUUAGUAGGGAGGGAUGACUUAAUAGAUACAGCAAUGAGGUAUAUUUGUGACACAGAAAAGAAUGCUUCUCUACCUCUAUUCCCAUCUUCUUUAUAUGCGAGCAAUAUAACAUGCAAUUCUUGGUAUUCUUUGACUGGAUUUUUGGAGAAUGGAAUAUCAUUUGAAGUUCCAGAAGGAGUCGAAGCAAUUUCUUUGAUGGGUUACGAAUUUUCAGUAGACGAUGCAAAUGUUAGGAGAUCAGCUAAUUUGCAUAGUAUUUCGCUUUUGGAGAAUUUGAGGUUGGUAUUACGUGAGAAAAAAACAGCAAAGUUUACUAUUAUCAAACCUCAGAUAUGGUUUAAGCGCACAGAAGAAAGCUUGUCUCAUUUGGAGGAGGAGAACCUGACCAAAAGAUCACUUGUUUCUAAUGUAAGGGAUAUUAAUGAUGACCAGGACAGGUUUUAUUCACAAGGGAUAAUUUACUGUUCUAUGCUGUCAGGUACAGUUAGUCUGGCAGAAGGUAAAGAAGGAGUAGAGGUUUGGUGGAGCUUUGAAAGCCCGGCUCCCAGUCUUCCUAAUGAAGCUAUUAAGUUACCUUUAGUGGCUUCAUUGGAUGUGGGAAUUUCAAAGCUGGAGAAUUGGUUAUUGAAUGAGACAGUUCAGCAUCCUGAGACCUGGGUUCCUUUCUUUGUUCCACAGAAAAAACUCAAGAAUUCGGCUCCAAUUUGGGUUCAUAGACUAGAAAAACUAUUAUUAAAUGCUCAAAUCCUCUGGAAAUGCCAAUAUUUAAUUAAGUCUUUGAAUACUUAUAAUUCUUGUUUUUUAGCUUUGGCUGGAACAAAUUCAGCUGAGGAUGACUAUAGAGUUGGAGCAAGUUCAAUACUAUCGAAGUUCAUAAAUGAGGACCACAUUACAAACUAUACCGUUUGUUUCUCUGAGUUAAUUAGUCAAUUUGAAAGUUGGAGAGUGAACCACCGUAUUACAAGUGAUUACUGUAUGGAAAUGAUGUCCCUAAUUUGUGUGGGAAGCUUGGUAACUUCGGAGAGCUUAUUAGAAAUCAUGUUAUCCCUCAAACAAUCUGGAUUUGAGCUUAAGUUGUCUAUUUCUCUCCAGAAGGAAUCACCUUUCACUGACUCAAAGAUUCCAAAAAAAAUGCUGGAAGAAAAGUUCACCUCGUUCUUAUCAAAGAUACUUUUGUUAAGAGGGUUGUCUUUAAGAAGCUUGCUCAAUUAUCGUACUAGAGAAUUUUUGGUUCAACAUCUUAAGACUAAAAUUCAAAGCUUGCAAAUGAAUGGAAGUGAAAAGGUGAAUAUAAAAGAGUCAUUUGGUAGGGUUUUGGAUGUUUUUGAGAAGGACCAGGCUUUUGAAAAAGCUACUCAGACAUUUAUCACGGGAUUGAAUUUGAUCAGUUCUCUAGUACUUAAAAGAAGUCAUUUCCUAGUAGUAGGAGAGACUAUUAUGUCAGCAAUGCUUUUUUUCGCAGAAGUGGACAGAAAUAUAACAUUUGCAAAGAUUAUGGGAGAAAAAUUACUUGAAAGUGGAUUAAAAGCAGCUGGAAAAGAAACCCUGGAGCAGGUUUCCUGGAAGGAAGUUUCAGGAAUUGAGACUCUGUUUAGUUUGGAUGAAAUUUCUAGGGCUAUAGAAACUUUGGGCUACUGGAUAGAGGAGGAGACUUCUUUGUUCGAGGCAUAUAGUGAAAAGAUGACCAGAGAAAACUAUUUUUUACUAAAUCAAAGGCUAGAAAGGAUCUAUGAAUCAAUUAAAAUUAAGGUUCACGUACUAAGAAUAAAACUAAGCCCAGCUUUCAUCAACUUUUUGCUCCCAAGAGCAGUAGAUGAAGUUAAGGAAGAGCUUUACUCUUUGAGAAAAGGUGCAUUUUCCAGACUUCAAGAUAACAAGGAAAACUGUCGAGGAAUGAUCUUUGAAAAUUGUUGCCAAAGCAAAUGCUUUACAGACUCUAACAAUAAUAGCCACAUUCAGGAAAUUGAGACUUUUAUGCCUGGGAUAGAUAUGAACCAGAAAAAGAUCUCAGGAAAAGAUCAAGAAUUACAACAGUUAUCUUCUUGUGAAAGUGAGUCUGACUCCUCUAAGCCAGAAUUAAAAAGAAUUUCAAUUUCCUCUAUGAUAUUUUCAAUGGCUAAAUCUUUGGUUUCUCGGGAGAGAAAUAUUAGUUUUACUGGUAUUCAGUGUUGCAAUACUGAUAGAACUGAUUUCAGAAACCUUUUGGAUCUGGCUGACUCUAAUUGUGGAGAAGGUGCCUACAACCCUCCGACUUGGUCUAUUUCUGAAAAUACUGGUUGCAGGACUCUAGUAGAGAAGUCUACCUAUAUGUCAUCACAGAAGAGAGCAGAUAAACUGGAAGAGCUUAUUUUGGAUUGGAUUAAGCUAAGGUGCUGGAACUUUACAGAUUCAGAUCUCAGAUGGAUCGAUGGUUGUAAAUAUGUCGGCGGUGGUGAAUUCGAGACGGCUUUAAUGCAGCUUUCUUCGGACUUAAAUACUGAGGGGGUAGCAAAGAGGAUUUUACAAGAAGUAGACCAUUCUGAAGUUCGUCAAAGCCUUAGACAUGUUACUUUUGAAGAAAGCUCUCCUCUAAUUCUUGUAAGAAGCUAUAUACUUCCGUACGGGGAGCUAUUGCUUCCUAAUCCCCAAGUUUCCCAACUAAUUGGUGCUGUGAGAUCCUGCAAUUAUAGAUAA